UGAUGAGUGGCCUUGUCCUCGGUCUUCCUUUUUGGCGUGUGCUGACGCUGCCUCACUCUCGUUAGCGUCCUGCCAGCCGUCUCCUUGAGACCGAACACUAUGCCUUCAAUUAAGUUGCAGAGUUCUGAUGGAGAGAUAUUUGAAGUUGAUGUGGAAAUCGCCAAACAAUCUGUGACUAUCAAGACCAUGUUGGAAGAUUUGGGAAUGGAUGAUGAAGGAGAUGAUGACCCAGUUCCUCUACCAAAUGUUAAUGCAGCAAUAUUAAAAAAGGUCAUUCAGUGGUGCACCCACCACAAGGAUGACCCUCCUCCUCCUGAGGAUGAUGAGAACAAAGAAAAGCGAACAGAUGAUAUCCCUGUUUGGGACCAAGAAUUCCUGAAAGUUGACCAAGGAACACUUUUUGAACUUAUUCUGGCUGCAAACUACUUAGACAUCAAAGGUUUGCUUGAUGUCACCUGCAAGACUGUUGCCUGCAAGACUGUUGCCAAUAUGAUCAAGGGGAAAACUCCUGAGGAGAUUCGCAAGACCUUCAAUAUCAAAAAUGACUUCACUGAAGAGGAGGAAGCCCAGGUACGCAAAGAGAAUCAGUGGUGUGAAGAGAAGUGAUAUGUUGUGCCUGACACUGUAACACUGUAAGGAUUGUUCCAAAUACUAGUUGCACUGCUCUGUUUAUAAUUGUUAAUAUUAGACAAACAGUAGACAAAUGCAGCAGCAAAUCAAUUGUAUUAGUGGAAUAUUGUCCUCAUUGCAUGUGUAGUUUGAGUACAGAUUCCAGACCAAUGGCGGAGUUUCUUCUAGUGUGAUCAAAAGUUUCUUUUUUCUUUGCUUGAGUAAAACUGAACUGUGGGUUCUCUAUAGAAAGUGACAUUUUGGACUUUCCCUCUUUUUUUGUAAAGCAAUUUCUGCCUAGGUUAUUGUCCAUUUAACUUUAGUAACCUUUUAAAAGUUGGCAUUGUAAAUAAAACAACUUGCUAAAAGUUUUCUGAAAUGGAAUUAAUAAAAUAUAUUCAUGAGUUGGAAACUGGAAAAAGUCAGCUUGAAGUAAAUGUUCUGAUUGGAGUUAUUAGGAUGUCUUCCAGCCUCUUUGAGUCAAAAAGUACCACUUGUAUUGAUUACCCUGUAUGUAGCAGGCCUGCCUUAAUUGGACCUGAGGACUUGUUUUUUUUUUUUUUACUUUGAAUCCUCUCAGCUUUGAAUAUAUUGCUUGGAGACUCAGUUACUAACUAGUUUCUGUUUUUUUGAGGGAAGAAAUGUAACUAGACCGUUUGUUAGCUUUUCAAUUAAAAAAACCACUUAACCCA